UCAACCGCGGCAGCCCAUGCUUUAGGUCCGGGUCAGCUCAAGACUACAGACCCAACAACAGAAUCAAUUCACCUCCAGAAUCGAACCCAGAAGAAUCAGCAUCAGCGAGAAAUGUUUCCUCCUCUUCUUCUUGCUAUUCUGCUUGUAUCUGCUUUCGCGCCGAUCGGGCCGGUCAAAUCCCACGAGGAAACCGGCGACUGGAGCUGCGAAUCGGACUCCGAGAUCGGAAUUGUUGCGGAUUUUCGUCCCGGUGUCAUUACUCUUGAUGGACACGCUGAUGAUUGGAAGGACAUUGAUGGAUUCGAGUUCUCUCUCUUACAGGCUCUCGACCCUGACGAUGACAACGAAUACAGUGGUGGGAAGAUGACCGUUAAGGCUUUACAUGACGGUAGGGACGUGUUCUUCUUGCUCCAAGUUGAUGGGGAUUAUCGAUACAUCAAAGGUGAAAGUUCCAAAUGUCCAUCAGUUGCUCUCAUGUUUCAGAUUGGCGAGAGUGCCACCUAUCACAACAUGGGCGGUUGCAAGGAAGGAAAGAAUACUUGCACGAACAAAACGUGCAAGGGAUAUGAAGUCGAUAUCAUGCACUUUUCUAUUGGAAAUGCUAUUCCUGGACGGUUGUAUAGUGGCGACACCGUAGACGUUGGAAAUGAAGGAGACGAAUUUGGACAACUUGUCGAUUUGUAUGCCUGGAAUCCUCAUUGUAGAUUCUUGGAUGGAAUCAGCCCAUCAGCAAAUGAUUCGAGUGCCAAGAACGACUGGAAAGGCACAUGGUGGCACAGCAGCUUUACCCAUCAUUCAGGUUUUGUGGCGGCAGACAGUCCAUAUUCAUCAGAAAACUCGACGGGCACUUAUUAUUUUGAAUUCUCUAGGGCUUUAAGAACCUCAGAUCGCCUUCAACAGGAUGCUCAAUUCGUCAUUGGUGGAACAAGCAAAAUGUCAGCUGCAUUUUGGUAUCCAGUCGACGGGCAGCCAUGGCAUGCAUCAGGACACUACUCCAUUCACUGUGAUUGGACACCCAUGGAUAUCACUUCCAGUACUUCAAAAUUAACCUCAUUAUCAGGGGUUGGCUCAGGAAGCUCUGCAAGCAUUUUUGCUCUCUUGAUCUCAGUAAUCUCUUUGUGCCUCUCUGUUGUUGUUGUGUACAGACUCUUUAGACCUCCUCAGAAUGUGGCUGUCGAGUACAGAGUUCUUAGACCUCAGAACGUGGGCCUUACUUCCAUGGACAACAACAAUCUUUAGAGUAAGUGCUUUUGGAUUGUACGAUUGAUCAACAUUUUGUGUACUUCACAGAUUAUAUGUACUUCCAAAGCUUUUCAGUUUUUGUAGUUCCUUAUGGGCUAACAAUUUUUUUACUACAAGGUUUCCAUUCUUAGUUUAUUAUAAAGAUGUCCAUUUUGAGUUGAGUUGGA